AGGCGCCAGCUGUCCGAGGUGCAGCAGCAGCUGGCCGAGCAGCAGCUGGCCGAGCAGCUGGCCGAGCUGCAGGAGAGCUCGAGCAGAGCCUGGUCCGCGAGCAGGACGCGAACGCGCAGCUCUGCCGCAGGGUCCUGGAGAGAUGGAGGCCAUACUGGAGGCGCACCGGGACAGGCCGGAGACGCCUCCGCCGGCGGACGCGGGCGAGACGCAGGAGAGUUCUUCAUCGGGAGUUUCUUCCAGGAGGGGCACGGCCCCGACCUGGGCCGCGCGGUGAGCUGGGCCGCAGAGGCGGACGAGGCCAUCACGGGCAGGACCAGGGUCCCCGCGGCGGCGCCGGUGGCCGCGCACCCGCUGGCCCGGGGCCCGGGCGAGGAGCGGAAGGCGCCGCAGCCAGGAGAGCCGCCGUCCCGCCGGCGCCCGACCCACUGGCGCCGCUCCCCGAGCUGAGCGCGGAGCCGCUGUGGGCCCGGCCUGUGGCGGAGGACCCGCUCCGCGCUCGGGGAGGCGCCGCCGGGGAGGCCGGCGCCACGGCCGCCUCCGGGACCUUUGGCCCCGCGCAGCUGGACGAGGUCUGGCGCCUGUUCCAGCCAGAGGGCGGCCGCGCCCCGGAGGAGCACGCGACCGGCGCGCGCCGCGAGGGGCGCCCGGACGUGCCUGCCGUGGACAUCUUGGGCAGCCGGGACGUCGAGGGCACCACCUGGUACCUGUUCCGGGUGGCCGAGUCCGACGUGGACUUCUUUUUCCUGAAGCGCUACAGCGAUUUCGUGUCGCUCGACAAGGCCCUGCGGGCCUCGGCGGACCACCGGCGCAACGCGGUGCGGCCGCAGGAGCUGCCGGAGAGCGGCCUCUUCGGGCUGCGGCACAAGCUUGACCUGGGCGGGUUCAACGCGCGAAGGCUGCAGGCGCUGAGGGCAUACAUGGAAACCUUGCUGACGCAGGUCAACAAGCUUGACGAUGACCCCAGCCUCGCCAGCUUCUUCAAGCGCGACCGGUGCGUGCGGCGCGUGAUGCGGUGAGCGGCGCCGAGGCGGCGCCGAGGCGGCGGCGGCGCCGUCGUCGGCGCGCCGGGGGCCGUCGGCUGCCGCUGCGCCUCGGCGAGCGCGGCGCGCGGCCCGCGCCGAGCCGCCGCGGCGCGGAGGCGUUGCUCGGCAGGGGUGCGCGAGGGCCGCCCAUGUUUCGGAGCGAAUGGCGAAUUGCUUUAACAUGUUCCCGCUGCUGCCUCGCUCGCACCUGUUGUGAGACGGUGCUUUUCCGGAGAGCUGAGUAAUUAUUCCCGCGGCGCUUCCUCUCCCGGCUGCGGGCCGCCCCGAGGCCGCCCCGGGGCCUGCGCAGUGGGGCGUCCGGAGGAGGCCGGGCGCGGGUCUCGGAGGCCCCGCUGCCGUUCGGGGGCGUCGCGGUUCGAGCGUUCCUCGGGGGCGGCCAAGAGGGGCGUGAUGCCCACAGGGGCCUGUGCCGCCUGUGCCGCUUUGGCCUCCCCUGCUCGCCGCUCCCGCUCCUCGCCCCUGCUGCGAUCACUGUGCUCCCCCGUGCUCGCCGCUCGUGCUCCGCGCGGCCCCCCCCGUGCGCCCCCCGUGCUCCCCCCCCCUUCUCCGCCUCCCGCCGCGCCUGCU